AUGGGCAGCAGCUGCAGUCACGCCGCGGACGUCCUGGCGAACUUGGCGACCGAGGACGAGAUUCGUGACGCGGUGAAAAGCUUCAACGAGUGGAACAGAGUACAGGAACGCACUCUGAACACGGGCGGCGCCGGCCCACGGUCGACUCUCCAAACGGGCCCCUUGUUCCAGCGAGUGGGAGGUCUGGGUGUCGUCAAGCAAAUCGUGGAGGGGUUUUACCGCCGACUCUACUCCGACCCAACGCUGCUGGUCUAUCUACACGACAAGGAAAUGGUGUAUCUGCGCGCUAGACAGACCGCCUUUAUGGCCUGGCUGUUUGGACCGCCCAACGUGCCGUACGGCGGAAAGAACCUCCGCGUUGCGCACCUCAAGCUGAUCAAGCAGCGGGGAUUCUGUCCCGAGGAUUUCGAACUGGGCAUGGAGUACUUCACGGCAGCUAUGCGGGAGCUGGAAGUGCCGGAGCUGACCAUUCGGGAAGUCAUGAGCAAGGUUCGCCCAUUCAAGGACGCGAUCUUCACGCCCUCGCCCAAGGACGAGGAGGAGGAGCUCCGAUGGGGCGUUGAGGAACGUUUCAAGCAGUUCCAGCAAGGGAGGCAGCUGCUGCCGACGUCUUCCUCCAAGCCGAACUCCUUGGGGAGCUCGUCCUGCGUCUCGGGGAGCAUCCCGCAAUGCCCUUUCACAUCGGGCCGGUUAUCGUUGCACGUUGCCAGCGGCAACGCCGCCGACCCGGCCGCCUAUGGCUUCAAAAUUAUGGGGGAUGCGUUCAUGCCAGCGGACGUGUUGGCGGUGCCGGCAAAAGCGGGUGUGACGGUGACGACGACGACGACGCCACCGCCGCCAGCGGAGCCUGAGGGCUCGCCCCCGACACACCUACCCGGCUCCGGACCAGCAUCCGGCCGCAGUACUAGCGGCUUCCGGCCCGCCUCGAUUGAGGUCCUGCCCAAAUGCGCCGAAAUCGAGUCGUACACUAUCGCAUGCGAUCCUUCAGCCUUUGUUCGCUCAAUAUCGCCGCCGCCAGGCAGCAGCAGUACUUUCAGUGCCAACAGCAACACACCUACAGGAGCUGCAGGGGCUCCUGGCGAGCGGUCCUCUCAAAGGGAGCAGUCCAGCAGCACGCGUAUGCGUGUACGAUUGGAUGCAGCUGCCGGGGACGGCGAAACGCAGCCGGCCUGCCCCUGGCGCGGCGCGGCCUCCGCGGUUGCAGAAGCAGCCACGGCGAUGAGUCUGGUGGCUGGCAAGAUUAACUGCUCUUCAAGGCAGAUAAAGGCGGUGUCCACGGACGGCGAGGUGCGAACUGCGGACACGGACGGGCCCACAUCCGCAGCUGCGGCCGCGAAUGGUCAGGGGGAGUUACUUUCACUGGCCGCACUGGAGGCGGAGCUUGGGCUGCCGAAGGGGGGGUCGCUGUCGUUGAAUGGCGACAGAGCCCCCGGCGGCGGCGGCGCUGCGGCUCGCGGCGACGGCAAAGCUGCUGCAGGCGACGGCACGGCAGGUGGUACUGCACUCGUGGAUGCUUUCCUGUGGGAGAUGAUAGAGCAGGAGGCAAAGGAAAAAGCCCAGGCUAAGGCGGAUGCGCUGGACGGUUAG